AUGGCACCCCUAGAAAAUAUCUCCGUUGACAAACUUGGAAAAAGGAAGAAGCUGACUAAUACAGAAGUAUGCCUUCAGCCUGAGUUUUUCAGAAGAGUUAGGCUUUCUCAGGGUGAGCUAAGGUUUCUCAAGAGAGCUAGUUGUUGUUUUUUUAGCGUCAGAAAAAAGGGUGAGAAUGACUAG